AUGAUGGCUCCCGAAAUGAUGAUGAUCUUUGUAGGUACCGAGCAUAAACGAGGUAAACAAUUUCACGUUUGGGUAAAUCGGCAUGGUACCUCUGAGGAUUUAGUCGCAGCUAUCUGUCUUCACGAACGACUCUCUCCCAGCUCUUUUAUUAUCCAACACAGGUUGACUUCCGACCCAAUCAUCCCAUUUCAACCUCUUCGAUCCCAAGAUAUCCUCCCAUACUCUGUCGUACACUUAUAUUACAUUGAUGAUCUGCGUGGCCGCGAGUUAAAGAGGAAAGCAGAGCAGAAAGGGGAAUACGAAAAGAGGGGGAGAUACAUGUCCAAAGUUGACGGGAAGAUGAAAUUGCGUAGAAGGUCGAAAUUGGAAUUGGAACAACAUCGACGAAAGGAAAAGCAGAAAGAGAGAGGAGAUGGUUUGUUACCUUGUUAUAAAGAAUUUUGGAGAGGGGCUUUGAGUCUUGGGGGAAAUACAGGGAUUGAAAAUUUUGAUAUCGAUAUCGAUGCGGACUUGGAUAUUGGUCCUGGUCAAGCUGAAAAGGGUUACAGGUAUGCUCAAGGUAUUAGGAAUCAUGAACAUAGACAUGAGCAACCUAGGGUUAGUGGUAGUAGGAAUAAUGGGCAGAAGAAGGAGGCAAAACAGUUGUUGACUUCGAAACCAUUACUUUUAUCUCCGUCGAAGAAGGAUGGUUGGACGACUUCUUCAAAGGUGUCAAAUACGGGAUCACCUGAUCCCAUGGAUUCAUCAGCCCACUACCGCAGACACACCACAACAUCCAUCUCAUUGAGAUCACCAUCGGGAUCGUCCUACACCCUCGAAACGGGAUUCGGGCUCGAGUCGUCUCACUCUGCUUCCUCUGAUGCCAAGGAUGACGAGGAAAGUCCAAUCCCGUACCGUAGAAUCCCGACGCCUCAGCUUCCCCAGCAUCCGAAGGAUAUCGACAUGUCCGUCGCUGGUCCUUCAAUGGAAAAGUAUUGGCAAGGGCGAUAG